GCAGUUCAAGAACAAUAACCUGUGUUCCGGCUUAAGUUUCCCAGUCUUCAGUUCAUUGUCAGCAGUCUGUGAGAUUUAUUUUGAAACAUACAUAUGGGCUCCAUUAGAAAAGAGGGGUCACACUGUGUAAAUGGAAAAUUCGUGCUUUUAAUAAAUGGUUCAAAUGAGUGAGGCUUUCAACAUCAAGAUUAAUGUGAACAAAGCCAGUAACGUCUUGGAGUUCUCCUAAAUUCCGACAAAGGACACUGUUAUUUCAUCACCCAUAAUGCAAGUAAAUCGGAAAUUAUUUGCUGAAAAGCUUAAAGCUUUUAAAGGUGGGCCUGAUCAGCAACCACAAAAUAGUCCGGGAUUUGGAUUGAAGGUUCUGGAGAGUGUUGAGCAGCGGGUAUUGCCAAGCUUAUCCUUCAAAGGAAUAGGAGAAGUUUCCAUUCCAAUACUUUUAGAGGAUUUAGUGAAACUGAAAUCGGCUUCAGAACCUGUUCAGAACCUGAAAGGGCUAUGGGAAAUGAAUCUACAGUUAGACGUAAUAGAGAUGGAGAAUUCUCACUUUGCUAAAUACCUCAACCACACCAUUCCUGUUAUGACUGAUCUGGCCCUAAGGCAAUUAAAAUUUAGCCGAGAACAAGUGCAGGGAUUAAGUGUCCGACCGCGAAAAUUGACGAUUAUGGAACCUGGAACUGGAACGAUAAUCUAUCCGACGAAUAACACCCCUGAUGUCUUUGCUACUAUGAUUGUGCAACUUCCGUUUCAAAGUGGCCACGAAGGUGGCACCAUCAAAGUGAUGCGAGAAAAUCAAUCGUGCUCAUUCGAAAACGCACUGGACAGCAGCAGAUUGUUUUACUACACAAUCUUCGUUUCAAAUGCCUCUUGUCAAAUGACAGAAAUGAGCAGCGGCUCGAGGGUGAUGAUGAUCUUCGAUCUUCUUUGUGCUAACCCUUCUACGUUGUUUCCCUCAACUAAUUACUUGAAAGAUGUUGCUAGUAUUUUGCUAGAACUGAGUCCAAGAGGCCCUGAUCGCCUUUUGGCCAUUCCGUUAGACAAGGACGAAGUUUCAUUUUCGUCUUUGGCCCCUGGAACACGUCGUCUGCUUGAUUUAUUUAUUUCUAUGAAUUUUCUUCAUGUUCGGUUGGCCCUUGUCUGCCACUACCGCAUGGGCAAGGCAAACCAACGAUUGGGAUGUCCGUGUUGUCUCAGACGUAAAUGCCCCUGCGAAGAAGUUGUUAUGGUCGGAAUAUCCAAAGAGAAAAUUUCGACUACCAAGUGGCUCGACCCAUUGAAUCAAGAAAUGCAUUUUGAUAAUCUAAACAUCAACAUGAAAACAGAAAUAGUGGGCGAUGGGCCUAUCUUUUUCGAAAAACCAACUGAAGAACUCCUUCAACCUGGGUCGUGCUUAUUGGAACAAUGGUUUUAUCGACCCAUGCUAGUUAUCUGGCACAAGGAGCGCUCUGUGCAACUUGACUGUUUCCAUAGGUUUGAAUUCCUACUGGACACCCUUGAACAACAAACAAAAAAGCGAGUUCUAUGUUCUUUGGAUGAAGUCAUAACUUUCUGCCGAGAGCACCCUGGUAUUGCUUGGAAAACAGAAAAUGCUAGCACGCGUUUGCUGAAACUCUGUCUCCGACAUGGUGCGAACGACAAAGUCAUUCGAUUAUUGGAAAUUCUAGCAGACACUGAAGGCAUUCAUACUGAAGAAAUGACGGACCUCUUAGCCAAAGUGAUCUCAUCCGUCGACUGGAAUGCUUGCAAAAGUUCCAUAGGAAAAUUAAUCAGUUGCAAUCGCGCUCAAGAACAAAUGCGCCACUACUCGCGCUUGACCCGUGCGUUGCUGAAUAUUGGAAAUUACCAAAAAGCUACGGUUGUCGUGACCAAAAUCUGCAUGAUCUUGUUCACUGGUAACGUCAUGGCUUCACUCGAAAUCCCUGUUUUGGCUGACUGUAUUGACUUGAUGGUAACGUUCGACGAAAAUCUCGUAACGAAACAUCCACAACGACUAGCCAAUCUCGCAACUCAUGUAAAAAAAAAAUUUACAAGUUUUGUGACUGUAUUCGAAUUGUUAAGCCUUGUCCAACAAUUCUUGGAUGCACGACCAUCCGAACGCAUUCCAGACACCGCGGUUUUAUGGUAUUAUAGGCUCUGUCUUCAUCUUACUGGAUUAAUUAUACCAUCCACCCCGCCGGAAGCAAUACUUUCAGCUUUGAAGCUUCUAGUUUCCAGCGGCGAUUCCACGUUAUCCGAUGCCCUUAUCAGCCAACUCAAGAGUAAAGAUAACCAGGAAAAUGGAGUUCUACGCGAUUUUAUUGGCAGAGAAGCCUUCUGGAAAUUCGUCGAAGAGUCUACGGACCAUAAGAAAAUUGCGGCUCCAUUAGUCGAUAGUCGGAUUCAAUGGCUAAUAGCUAUUCCUAAACCCAUAGCUACUUGGGCAGUGCCUAAUGCCUCAGUUGCUGGCCACCCUUUAGUCGAAGAGUUUAUGCGCUCAAACGAGAGAUCAAUGACCUACUCCAAUUUCAACAACAUCCAACAUGCCCGCAAUUGGAGGAGAAAGCAUUAUCACGAGAUCUGUCAUUACGCAGAAAUUGAAGUCGGAGGCAUUGGAUGGAGAGCCUAUUGUGAAAUCACUAAAUCGAGAAUGCGUCACGUGGGAAAUGACAUAAAGGCUGCUAUAUGCCAUAAAGAAUUGAUGGAGUUAAUUGAACAGCGUCUGAAGAGACUCGGUGACACUCUCUAUUCUAUUGUCAAGAAUGAAGAAACCAAUGAGAUCUGUGCUGUUGAGGCCCUCCAAUCUGGAGAACCAAUACCUGGAAGUGAACUUGUAUGGGUGAAGAGUGCUCCCGUUACUGCUGUAUUGCCACACACCCCUGUUACCUCAAAUCCUGUGGUCCUAAAUGGAGCAGGGACCCAGUCAGUUAAGCUCAUGUCCAAUGGCCAGUUUGCCGUAAAGACACUUACCUCUGCUGUUCAACAAGUGAUGGCAGAAUCUUCAAGUACGGAAAGUUGUGCUGAUACUAAGACAACCGUAAAGAAGGUGACAGUCAUUACAAAAUCCAAUCCUGCCAUGGUUCUUUCACGGAAUCAAAUCAGUCAACAAGCUUUUCCUUCCCUGCAGUCAAUCAAAUUUCCUGUAGAACAGAAACCUAAUAUUUCUGGUGUUAAACCUUUGAUAUCCACUAAUGCAUCUUCGCCAAUGUCAACUCCCAAAAGACCACGAGUAGCUAAAAGACCCUUCGUUGUGGCCACUCUUUUGCAAUCCAACGUUAAUCCGUCAGCAGCUGUCCCUAAUCCGCAUGAAGCCCUCCAUGUUAAAGAAGAAUCGAUUGCAUCGCCUGCCAAACGAAUCAAAUCAGAUCUUGUUUAAUUAUUUGAGUAUCAAUAACUUGGAAGCAUACUUCAUAUUCUUGUCGGAAACUGAAGUGUUCAUUCAAUCAUUUAUGUUUUUACUGUUUUUGCCAGUUUUUGUUUCAUCUGAUCAAGUUUAGUACUGUACUUUUUAAUGUGACGU